AUGAGCUUAAAUUUUUACACUAGUUUUCUUUUGGCAUUUAGGUAUUUUGAAGUUGGGAUUGAACAGAUUAAGCAAAAGCCAAUAAAGUAUUACAAAUUUCUUUUAGAAAUUUUAGUUCUUAGAAGAUUUAUCAAAACCUUAUAUAUAAUUUUUCUUAUUGCUUUAGCCUUUGAAGGUGAUUGGAUGCAAUUGCAUCUAAAAAUAUUCUGACUAAUGCAAUAUGAGGUUUAA